CAACGCACUAAUACUCACCGAAACACGGAUACAGCGAGUCAUGUGCUCAAGAAAAAAAAGAAAGAAAAAAGGGGGAAGAAACCCUUUCUUCACGCUCUUCGGAUCCCUUGAGAUGCGGCUUCGCCUUCCCCAGCCAUCCUCUUCCUCCUCCAUGGCCUCCAAGGUAGUCCUCCCGGUCGCGGUUGUCUUCGAUGUUACUGCGUUCGCCCUUGCCAUCGCCGCCGAGCUGCGACGGAGCACGGCCCAGGUGGUUCCGGACGACGAGAAGGAGUACACCCACUGCGCGUACGACUCCGGCAUCGCGACUGGACUUGGCGUCGGCGCUUUCCUCUUGCUGUUGGCGAGUCAGGUCUUCAUCAUGUCCGUCACCAGGUGCUACUUCUGCGGCCCCUCGAUCAGACGCGGCAAAUCCCGCUCUUGCACCGUCUCCCUCUUUUGGUGCUGCUGGUUGACCUUUCUGGUGGCGGAGAUGUUAUUGCUUGCGGCAUCGGUACAGAACGCCUACCACACCGCUUACCGGGGCUUCUACUAUAUGAACGACCCAUCCUGUGAGGUGUUGCGGAGAGGUGUUUUCGCCUCCGGUGCUGCCUUUUCUUUCCUCACUGCAACGCUCUCCGUAUCCUACUACCUCUUGUACGGUAGCGCUAGCAAUUCUGGCUACGCCUACGCCGAGGAGGAGGCGGCCAUUGGAAUGAAUUCUUUGAGCUAAAAGAUCCUUUUUUUUAACACCCAUUUCUUCCUUCAGUUUUUCUUUUCUUUUUUUUCUUUUUCAAAAAACAUUCGAUGUUUUCAUUAGGAAGAUAGGAUUUGAAUUUCGUAUACUGAUUUAAAAAAAUCUAAUAUAUUGCAUGUGAGAUUAUUCAUUAUCUAAAAUAGGUGUGACAAAAUUGAACUUCUAACAUGGAGUAGUAACUUUGGUUGUGCUAGGACUUUAGGCAGGCUCAACCUAUCUUACAAACUCAAGAUAUCUUGAUCUUGAUGAGAUGUUGUCUUAUUAGUUCGUUUGAUUCUCGAAGCCCAAAGGUAUGCUCCAUCGUGAACUAGCUUCUUUUGCAUUAUUUACCACUAGUCUUAUACACAUCCUUGACUCUAUCUUGUGGAAUUUAUAUAACCAUGGAGAAAGAUCGUUAUAUUCUUUCACUCAUGAAUAAUGUAAUUAUGUUAUAAGUAGUCGAGCUUAUUAUGAAUUUUAUACUUGGGCAAAGUGUUUAAAUUACAAUUUAUUUACCUAUUUGAUGUGUGUGAAUUUGGUAGGACACACAUUGAGUUCAAGAAGUCACAGUUUGUGACUGGAUGAGGUCAAGUGUGGAUAAUGACUUGGCACGACCAAGGAGAGAUGCUCGAUAUGGUCCGAUAGAGUUCAAAGAAGGAUUGCAUGAGGUUGAGAGACCGCAAGUCAAGAAACAUUGGUAUAAUUAGGUUUGCUAACUUAGUAACUCCUGGGGCAAUGGAGUUUAGGGAAGGAUGAAAUGAAGCAUCCAAGGCUCAAUGGCUAAGAAAUAAGAAUAUUUUUGUUCGAAGCUAGUUGACUAGACAAUAGCAUAAAUGAGUUAAGCCAAUUAGUGUUGCAGUUAACUGAUCCCUUAACAUGAGUUAGAAAGAAGAUCAUCGACAGAGGAAAGUUGCAACUGUCAAUUGGCAAAAGUGGUUAGGUUGGACAAUCAAACUAAGGUUGACAUUAGUCAAUACAAGUUGACAUUACCAAAGAGAACAAUUGACUAGGGAGAAACUAAAUCUAAUCGACUUAGAGAUCCAUUGGCAAACUGGAGGCUAAAGUGAUCGUGAGAAUAAUCAAUAAAAUGGUAGACAAUAUAUUGAUAGUAGAACAGACUAAGCUAUAUAUAUAAGAAGAGUAGUUCAGAUCCUUUGUCCUCAAAUUUCUCUGUCCCCGUGUCGCCUGCCGAUCGGACGGACCAAAUUACAUUUCAAAGCAUCAUGACAUCUUUUAGAUGUGUGCAGUAUUUUCGUGAUGUACAAGGCAUCCUUGAGAUGUAAUCUGGUCCGUCCGAUUGACAAGGGGACACGAGGACAGAGAAAUUUGGGGACAAAUGAUCCAAACUCAUAAGAAGAGCUCUUGAGGCCUAGCGAACUUGUGCAAAUAUUCUGAUAUUGUUUUGAGCUUCCUUGUUUAUAAUCUUGAUUCUAGUUUGUUUUAUUUGCCUUUGCUUGUUCCUAUUCUUCGCGUAAGACUUGUAUGAAAUUUUUUCCAUAAGGCAGCAUCGACAAAGGAAAAAUUAUAAUAGAGAUUCAAGAGUAGUGAUUUGUUGAAGUGUUAUAGACCUGGAAUAGGAAUAAACAUUCCAAGUAUAUUAUAUCAGUAUUAUUGGCAUUGAUUUUACUUGUGUAAUUUUCUUUACAUCUAAUUGUGUUUAAUUGAUCUUAUUAUAACAUUUUAAGACUAUAGAUUUAUAUUUAAGCCGCCCCUCUACUCAUCCUAC